GCUGGCCGCUCACAGGGCGACCACACACAUACACACUCUCACAUACACACACAUACAGCGAGAAACUUGGGAUAAACUUUUACAAACUUUGUCCCACUUUUGUCCACUCUUCCAAAUGUUUCUCUCUUUUUUUAUUAGAAGCGGGCGCCGGAGGUUUUGGUUGAAAGGAAAGACUGAAAAAAACUGUCGCUGAAAACUUGGCUACCUUUUUUCCACUUCUUCCUCGGGGUCAGUAACCUGUGAAAGGAACAAAACAAGGAUUUACUGAAAAAAACUGGGAUUUAUCUGUGCCGUCGUCUCAUCAGUAUUGUCGUCUAACAUCAACAUAGAAGUUUUUUCUUCUGUUAUUAACAGUGGACUAAAAAAAGAAGACAUUUUCCCUGAAGGAAGGCCACGACUCCACCUGCUGCAGACAGGCAAAAGGGAUUGGUGAGGGCUUAGACCACCUGCCCGAGGAAUCAAAGAGAGAAGAAAGGAGGAGGACCUAUUGUCUAUGGUCAACCUCUUCCUCCUACUCUACACAGAUGUAUGCUGAGAAAGUUCUGACAGAGGGGAAGAUGGGGAGCAGGGGAAUCUCGCUGACCUGUGUGUUGACCCCGUGCCGUGUGAUUGGAGUGUGCGUGAUGCUGAUGACCCUGGGAGCCAUUGGAGCAGCAGCCUGGGCCGUAGUUACAUAUUGCACAAUGGAAGAAGACACAGGACUUUAUGAUGUCCAGGUAAAUUCUCCUGACCAGCGUCUCAGAGUCUUUGACUCCGCCCAGAGGCGGUGGCGUCAGGUGUGUUCCUCGUCAGCCAAUGAGCUGCUAGCUAGCAUCAGUUGUGAGGAAGUGGGCUUUGUCAGUGUUGUUAAUUUCUCAGUCAUAUCAGUGCCAGAGGCCAGUGGAGACGGUGGCGAGUUCUUCUGCGUCAGACAGGAAGAGCUCAGCUACGGCAAGAAAAUCAAAGACUCAUUGUUCCCAUGUGACUGUGAGAGCAGGGCGGUUCUCAAACUGUUGUGCCAAGAUUGUGGCAGGCGUAGUUUUGCGGCAGACCGUAUAGUUGGUGGUGUGGAUGCCAGGCAGGGCAGCUGGCCCUGGCAGGUCAGCUUGCAGUAUGAUGGAGUUCAUCAGUGUGGAGGAUCCAUCAUCUCCAACCGCUGGAUUGUCUCUGCAGCUCACUGCUUCCCCGAACGGUAUCGGUUUGUUAAUCGCUGGCGUGUGCUGCUGGGCUCCAUCUACAAUAAACCAGUCAAUGCCAACGUGGCGGAGGUGAAAACCAUCGUUUACCACAGCAGCUACCUUCCCUUUGUAGAUGCUAACAUUGAUGACAACAGCAGGGACAUUGCUGUACUGGCCCUCACCCAACCACUCACCUUCAAUGAAUACAUCCAGCCUAUUUGCCUGCCAGCAUAUGGUCAAAGAGUGAUAGAUGGACAGAUGGGAACGGUAACCGGCUGGGGAAACGUAGGAUACUAUGGUCAUCUAGCUGAUGUUCUCCAGGAAGCGAAUGUCCCUAUCAUCAGUGAUGCUGUCUGUAACGCUCCUGAUUACUAUGACAACCAGAUCACCACCAGUAUGUUCUGUGCUGGUUAUGAAAAAGGAGGAACUGAUGCUUGCCAGGGAGACAGCGGUGGCCCUUUUGUGUCAGACGACUGCUUGUCUAAGGCCACUCGAUAUCGUCUGCUGGGGGUGGUGAGUUGGGGAACAGGCUGCGCCAUGGCAAAGAAGCCUGGUGUGUACACCAGAGUAUCAAGAUUUCUGCCCUGGAUAUCUACAGCUAUGAGGAACUACAACAAUUCACUUGGGGUUCACAAAAUGGCUCGGACAUGAGAUUCCUACAGCCGCGUUUCUAUUUUUUCCACUCUUGGAUGACAAUAAGGACAAACCCUGUAGAUGUCAUCAGGGGGUGCAACAAUAGGGGGAUGAAAGCCUGUGAUGCCCCCCUCUUAUCAUGGUUCUAGAUUCGUCUACUUACCUAAAACUGAGGAUUUAACUUUCUUGUACCAUUGUUAAAUGUGUACCAAUAUCUUACUCCUUAAAUGGAUAACCUUGCAAUAUAUGACAUUUAGCCCCACUAGAUGUCAGCAAACAUCUAUUUUCUAUAUAAAGAUAUAAAGGAGUAAUGGCCACACUCCCUCUGUGUGUGUUGUAAUUACAGCUUAUCUGUUCUGUGUUAUGAUAGCUGCUCCGGCCGCGUGUGCAUAUUAGGACGUGAGUCCUUCCAUGUUCUCUGCACCCAUGUCCAGCAUGGUGGCCAUGUCACAAGCCUGCUUAAAACAGUACACUAAAUAUGUUUGUGAAAACAUUUAAGACAGAAAUAGGCAAUGCACUAACAGUUAAUCCAGUGGAUCCAUAUUUGAUGAGAACUGCCUAGUUUCACAGUUUGUUCAGAGUUUCGUGAGCUGUGUGUUCAGGGGCUUUUUCUCCCUAACUUUAUUGAUCAAACGACUCACACAUUUGUUUUGGUCACAGAUGCUGGUGCUAGUACGACAUCUACUGGGGCUGACUGUCAUAUAUUGCACCUUUAAGAGAAGUCAUGAGCACAGAGUUGAACAGUAUGAAGUUAAAUAUUGAUUUAAAAAAAAAAAAAGAGUUGUGCAGUCGUGGUACUAUUUAUAUCCAUAGAAUUCACAAAGAUCAAAUAACUGUCAUUAUAAAUUAUGAGCUACAUAUUGUUAAUGUAAGAGAAUCAAACUCAUCAUGAAGAUAUUUGUCAGGAUUAAGUUCCACAUGAGUCAGUUACUUUAGUGUCAGACCUCCUGAUACCAGAGCACAGAACGAGACACUGUGAGAGCAGACUGCUCUUUUGAUUUAUAAUAAACAUCACAAUCAUGUGGAGCCUCAGCAGUUUUCAGACAAUUAUGAAAAUAUCGCUACUUUAUGUAUUAUUAUAUGACAAAUCCUGACAAGUUUUCUUAUUGAAAGAUUACAACACAUUACACACAAUUAAUUUUUUCACAGAGUAGGUAUCUCAUUUUAUAAUUAAAGUCUUACUUGUGUGAUACAUGUCAUGUUUUUUAUAUGCAAUAGCUUGACUGUGAUGAAUAAUUAUCCGUACAAGUUGUAUCUUUAUCAAAUCCUCGCAUGUUUAAGAUGAACUGGUGAAGAUGACGUUCAUAUUCAGAAUCAGUAUUUUGUUGUUUGUAAAUAUAAGUCAAUGUCUUCUUUAUGUAGGAUGUUUUUAUGUUAGCUAUGUCAUAGAUGUCGAGAUGAUCUGAAAAUCUUAAUGCCGACAGUGCAAUAAAAACCCAAAUCACGCUCUCAGAAAAGACCCUUACCUGGAAUUACUCACCCAUGAGUAUAGUAUUAUAUAGCCUAUUAGAAGUGCUGUCCCCCCUCAUAUUUAACAUGAACCACAAAAAUCAUUUCAGCAAUGUGUUAAGCUUCGGAUCGUUGCUUACUUGUAUGGUUGUGAUGAAAGAGGCGUAUAUACUCCUGUUCAUUUGUUUUACAAGACGGUGACUUAAAAGUGAAUUUAAAGUAUUUUUUAUUGGAUCCACACAAGAGAAAUUGAGUCCAUUCUGACCAAGCAGACUCAAAAAAUACUCCCAAUAGUCCCAUACUGUUCAGUAACAGUGAAAUAAUAUGAAUGUAUGUACAUUUACAACAAUGUGUACUAGAUAAAUAAACAUUUCACAGACUGUAGUGCUAUAUGUAAAAUGUAAAUUUGUACUUUAGUAUUGUAUUGAAAUAAAGCCUCAAUUAAAAAAUAACUUCCAAAGUGA